AUGUCUCUCACCAAUUUCGAUGCCGAAAAUGCUCCCAACUAUGAAGACAUGGAAAAGCAAUUCGCUGUCAAGGCAGUCCAGCACAUGACUGUCUAUUGGUCCAUUCUGGAAAAAUUACCUGGUUCUAAGCUUCGACUGACAAGGUUGGACGAUCAGAUCUAUGAGCACUUCAAGAAGGAUUUCCCUGAAUUUGAUCCAGCUGAACCAAUUGAGGAGGAUAAAAUGAAGAGCAAAGAAGGAAAGGAAAGAUGGCGCAAUUUCUCCAUGACCUACGAAAAAGGCGACAACAAGAUUGAAGACUUCAAUUUUGGUACCAUGCUUCGCAAAAGUCCAAAGACUGAAUAUGGCGAGAAGGAGACCAUCUUUGCUGUGAGAAUGCAAUUCUAUGCAAUAGAAAUUGCUAGAAACCGUGCUGGCUUAAAUGACUGGGUAUUUGAGACUGCGCAAAAGGAAAAGAAAUGA